UGAUGCCACGUAGAGCUUACGUAGUACACAGGUCUCAGCAGUACAGUAUAAAAUCCUGAAGGAGAAAUGAGUGAAGGAGGUUUUACUUCAGUCAAAUAAGCCUGUGCGAUCGCCAUUUCUGACUCUGCUUGUGGGAUUUUAUUUUUUAGAAUUAAUCAAUUUGUUCUCAGUGGCAGAAUCUCCCACAAAAAACAAAAUGCCUGUGCGAGAACACGAAGAACUGCUGUUACCGGAUGAUGAAGAAGAAAGAGCUUAUGAUUCCAGAGAUAAGGUAGUGAUAAUGGGGAUCGACGACGCAGACCUUGACGACUGUGCGAGUGCGCCGCCGUUUUCGUGGAAGAAGCUUUGGCUUUUCACUGGUCCCGGCUUUUUGAUGAGCAUCGCUUUUCUCGAUCCUGGGAACUUAGAGGGAGAUCUCCAGGCCGGCGCGAUUGCUGGCUACUCACUCUUGUGGCUGCUCAUGUGGGCCACUGCCAUGGGCUUAUUGAUUCAGUUACUGGCGGCCCGGCUCGGCGUGGCCUCCGGAAGACACUUGGCUGAGCUCUGUCGUGAGGAGUACCCCACGUGGGCUCGGAUGGUGCUGUGGAUCAUGGCUGAGUUGGCACUUAUUGGUGCGGAUAUUCAGGAGGUCAUUGGGAGUGCGAUUGCGAUUCAGAUAUUAAGUAACGGGGUUUUCCCUCUCUGGUCGGGGGUUCUUAUCACUGCUCUUGAUUGUUUCAUAUUUCUGCUCCUUGAGAACUACGGUGUGAGAAAAUUGGAAGCUGUUUUUGCUGUUCUCAUUGCAACAAUGGCUCUCUCUUUUGCUUGGAUGUUUGGUGAUGCAAAGCCUAGCGGCAUCGAGCUUCUUGUUGGCCUUUUGGUUCCUAAGCUUAGUUCUAAAACGAUAAAGCAGGCUGUGGGAGUUGUGGGUUGCAUUAUCAUGCCUCACAAUGUUUUCUUGCACUCUGCUCUCGUACAGUCAAGAGAGAUCGAUCACAACAAGAAAGGACGGGUUCAAGAAGCACUCAGAUACUAUUCUAUUGAGUCUACUGUUGCCCUUGUAGUUUCCCUCAUUAUCAAUCUAUUUGUUACGACUGUUUUUGCUAAGGGUUUUUAUGGUACAGAGCUGGCCAAUAGUAUUGGCCUUGUAAAUGCAGGGCAAUACCUUCAAGAGAAGUAUGGAGGUGGAUUUUUCCCAAUUUUAUACAUCUGGGGUAUUGGGUUAUUAGCAGCUGGACAGAGUAGCACUAUUACCGGUACUUACGCGGGGCAGUUUAUCAUGGGAGGUUUUCUGAACUUGAGGUUGAAAAAAUGGCUGAGGGCAUUAAUAACACGAAGCUUUGCAAUUGUCCCAACCAUGAUUGUUGCUCUUGUUUUUGAUAGCAGUGAAGACACUUUGGAUGUACUAAAUGAAUGGUUGAAUGUGCUACAGUCACUUCAAAUCCCUUUUGCUCUUAUCCCACUUUUGUGUUUGGUAUCAAAGGAGCAUAUCAUGGGGAUUUUCAAAAUCGGCCCCAUUCUUCAGAUUGUGUCAUGGCUUGUGGCUACCCUGGUGAUAGUGAUCAAUGGUUAUCUUUUGGUGGACUUUUUCUCCUCUGAAGUGAAUAGUGUGGCCUUUGCUACGGUAGUAUGUGCUUUUACCGGUGCAUAUGUGGCUUUUAUAAUUUACCUUGUUUCCCGGGGCAUUUUAUUCUGUAGUUGGCGUUCUCAAUCCAAGCAGAUGCAGGGAAUUGAAUAAUUAAUCUUCAAUGCCCAUGUCAGUAGCAUAGCUGGAUUGUGAAGUAUAUUUAACCAACAAUUUGGUGGAGGUUCUCUAGCUGCAUUUCCAGAGAAUCCUUUCUGCCUUUAUGUAAGUAUAGCCAUUGAAGUAUUACGCAUUCUUCUCAGGCUAGUCCCCCUGCAGUUUGAAACACAUAAGGUUAGCUGUUUCUGUAUCAAAUAACUUAAACUUUAUUCUGUGGCAUACAAUGAACAGAAACAAACUGCUCAUGCUGUUGAAACUUGUGUGGCAUAACCAUGUAUGCACUUACAGGUAAAGAGUGUCACUCAAGAUAUUUAAACACAACUUAGUAGGAAUUUAUAUUGCCAUAAAA